AUGAAACUUGGCCCUCCGGCUCGUCUCGUCGUGAGCUUCUCAUUGAUGGUGGUGGUGUACACGAAAAUCCAAGUCUCCACAUUCUCAUAUCAAUCAAUAUAUUCAAUACAAACAAGAAAGAUCGCCUCACCCCAUUUCUCUCCACUCUCCACCAACGCUAAGGAUUAUUCCUUAUUCCCUCACACAAAAAAAAGAAAAAAGAAAAAAGAAAAAAAGAAGAAGAUUCCAAAACCCAACACACAAAUGGCCAUCACAGUAAAAUCUCUUAUUGCAAUUGUGAUUAUGAGUUGUCUCAUCAACAAAGGAUUAAGUGGAAAUAAUUGCAGUUUGGACGACAUAAACAUAGGAACGGUGAGAACCGGGAGAGAGAUAAAGGAGAAACCGGAGUGGAACGUGACGGUGAUUAACAAUUGUGGGUGUGCUCAGAAGGCCAUAGAACUGAGUUGCAAGGGAUUUCAGACGGCUGAGCCUCUUGAUCCGUCGACGCUGCUGCAGUCAAAGCAAGGGGACACGUGUCUCCUCAUCAACGGUUCUUCGUUGGAGGGAUUUGAUUCUGUGAGAUUCUCCUACGCUUGGGAUCCUCCCUUUCUGCUUUUGCCUGUCGACUCUCUGAUUAGUUGCUGAUCUCAUUUGGAAUAAUAUUCAUCUUGUCUCGGAAGAAAUGUGUUUG